AUGCUCAACUCGAAACUCUUUUCGAAGUUCCUUCCCGUCCUCAGGAAGAAAGUUAAAAGUUCACCAUGGCCGCAGCUCUUGUCAACUGGAAUGACAGUUUUGAGUACCGGUUUGCGCGAUGGCGCGCACUACUUGGGUCGUGGCACCCAAGGCGAGCCUGUCGAAACUAAUCUUGUGUGUUUGGUCACAAAUCCCGACACGGAUGUUUUUGGACAGGCGCAAUCCCAGCUGAGUAUUCAGAAACAUGAUGUGACUGUUUCGGGACUCAAUUGUUGCCAUGCUAAGGAGCAUGGUAACUAUGAUGAAUGUGCCCACGGUGCCGUGUAUAACACCGUGGAGAAUAAUGGAACGGACCACGAUGGCGCUUGGCAGAUCGUGGGGCCGAAUGGAAAGUGA